CUGCAUCUGCGGGGCGUCCAGGUGAGGGCUCCUCCUCCUCCUCCUCCUCCUCCUCCUCCUCAGAUAGAGUUACCUGCGCACUCGCCAGCCGGCGCCUCCUCCUCCUCCUCCUCCUCCUCCUCAGCUGCCGCGUUUCUGAGAACUGACGGCCCACGGCUGGUGUUUAUUGCCUCCGUCCCGGUCAGAUCGCGCGUUUUCCCGGUGGAGCAGAGUGCGGACGGGCUGGAAUGACGGGCUGAUGUUUGGGGCGCUGUCUGACUGAGCAUCUGCUUCGGAAAAACACAGCUGUGAAUGCCUGAAAUUAUGAGUGCCCCAGGACCUCUGUCGAGGCCAGCCAACCUCCCCCCUGCGCCCUACUCCCCCCUCCUACUCUCCCUUUUCCACUCUCACUCUCCCUGGUCCAUAUGUUCAGGAUCGCAGACUAAUCUCAUCCAGUGCUGGCCAGUCGGGGAAAAGAUGAAGGGCAUCAGGCGUAACCCCGUCCCCUCCGCCUCUUGUAAUUGCAGUGGAGUGGCCCGAUCGGACAGCAAGAUCAGCGCUAAGGCCCUCUAUGAACAGCGGAAAAAGUACUCCAACUCCAAUUUCAUCAUGCAUGAGACGUCGCAGUAUCACGUGGAGCACCUCUCCACAUUCAUGAUGGACAAGACAGAGUCGAUCGUCACGGUGGACGAUGCAAUCAAGAAACUGAUUCUUUUGGACUCAAAGGGUAAAAUCUGGACCCAGGAGAUGCUGCUGCAGGUGACUGAUAGGGCAGUCAGGCUGCUUGACUGUGACACACAGGAAGAACUUGAGAACUUCCCUCUCCCCACGAUUCAAAUGAGCCAGACGGUGCUGAAUCAGACGCGUUACCCGUCUGUGCUGCUGCUCGUGUGUCAGGACAAGGAGCAACACAGACCAGACAUUCAUUUCUUCCACUGUGAUGAGGUGGAGGCUGAAAUGGUCCACGCAGACAUAGAUAGUGCCAUUGGAGACAACAAGCAUGGGAAGAAAAUGAGACUUCAAACUCUGAAGGUGAAUCAGGAGAAAAUGAAGCAUCAAAGAGAAACCAUUCUCCCCCCGUCAGCCUCCAAGAGCCCCGCAUCUGCUGCAACAGGCCGAGUGGCAGCAGCUGCCUACACGCAGGACAGACGAGCUUCUGGACAAAGUGACUCGGAGUCACAUGAAAAGCUGGCCCAGCGCAUUGAGAAGGAUGUGCAAAUCCUCAACUGUGCUCUGGAUGACAUAGAAAUCUUUGUGGCACGGCUGCAAAAGAUGGCAGAGGCCUUUUCCCAGCUCAACCAACGCAACAAGAGUAAGAAGAAUAAGAAGAAAGGACCAGCAGAGGGCAUGCUCACCCUGCGGGCCAAGCCCCCCACUGAAGCCGAGUUCAUUGACAGCCUGCAGAAACUGAAGCUGGCCCUCAACCUCUUGGCCAAACUGAAGAAACACAUCCAUAACCCGAGUGCGUCUGAGCUGGUCCACUUCCUCUUUGGCCCUUUGGAGCUGGUGCUUCAGAGCUGUGGGAGUCCUGAACUGGCACGUUCAGUUUUCUCCCCUCACCUCUCCAGAGAUGCUGUGGACUUCAUACGAGGACAACUCAGUCCUAAGGAGACCACCAUCUUUGAGUUGCUCGGGGAUGGAUGGACCAAACCCCGAGCCGAAUGGCCGAGGGAUCAGUACGCCCCUCUAUAUGUCCCAAGGUUUCGGAAUGGCUGGGAGCCACCAGCAGAGCUUUUCAUGACAGCUCCCUGGGAAACCGAGGGGCCAUCAGGACAGUUUGGGCCCCCCACCAGCCCCGAUUACAGGAAACACUCGCCUGAGGACGUGAGUGAUUUGUUAUAUUAUGGAAGUCAUUCUCCAAGCUCAUUGAAUGGGUCUUACAGUGAGAUGCCCAGCACCCGCAAAUAUGCCAAAAUCCGCUACCACUUUGUAGCGCGGAAUGCCAAUGAGCUGUCAGUGCUGCAGGAUGAGAUCCUCGAGGUAAUCGAGGAUGACAAACAGUGGUGGAAACUGCGGAAUCGCAGUGGGCAGGCCGGAUACGUCCCAUUUAAUAUCCUGGAUGUGGUGAAGAUAGAAGAGCCAGAGGGCCCCUUCAGCCAGGCACACAACAGUUAUCUGAAGCUUUUGCAAAUGGUUAUGGAUGAGGUCAACAAUGAGCUCUUGAUUAAAAUCACCGCCAGCAAAACGCAGCCAAACAGGAGGAUCCGUGUUGAGAAAUCCUCAGGCUCUCAGGUGCCGCUCACCUCUGACUCUAACCCAGAGCAGGUGACCACGUGGCUCAAUUCCAAAAAUUUCUCAAAACCGACUGUGGAUUGUUUGGGGAUCUUGACUGGAGCCCAGCUCUUCUCCCUGAACAAAGAGGAGCUGAAGGCAGUGUGUGGAGAGGAAGGUAGUCGGGUCUACCAUCAAGUCACCGUGCAGAAAGGAAUGCUGGAGCAGUCCCGGGGUGACUCUGAGCUGCAGGAAAUCAUGAAGCGGAGGCAGGAGAGGAUCGACUCUGGUGCGAAGGACUGAACCUUUUUCCAAACAACCCCCCCCCCCCCCCACAGCUCUCAUCGCUUCAGCAGCUCUAAAUCACACUGCGCUUCUUUGUGAUCUCCAGCAUAAAAUUGUUCAAAUGUUGUGUACGUUUUUCUAAUUGUAUAUUUAUUUUUUAUCUCAAACUGCGCAUGCUAAUCAAGUGUUUUCCUUUCAAAAUCACGUUGCUUUUGAUUUCAGUUUCUCCAAUCGUUCAACUGCUGAGAACAGGAACGUAUCGACUCAUGUACAGUUUGGCGUGUGUGUGUUUGUGUAUGGGCGCGCGUAUGUGUAUGCAUGACAUGCACGUAGCAUACAUAUGUGUGUGUGCGGUGUGGUCACUGUUUGUGCUCGCUGCUAACAUUGUUUACUAAAUAUGUCAAUCUUAGCUGUCGCAUUUCCAAAUCAGUGCCAGAAUAUUUGUCACAUUUUCUGAUGUAUAGCCAAUUUCUGUUUGCCUAUUGCUGUUUACAGGAAUGAUAAAACAUGCUUUGUGCUUUUUAGUUGUCAGUGGUAGUCUCUCCCUGGUUGGUAAAUGCCGAUCAACACCAAGUAUUAAUAUGUAUAAUCUUACCGUUUCUACUGAUUUCAGGCCAGCUUAGCAGACAAUAAUACUGCACAAGGUCACUGUUAGUAAAAAUUAGAUGCUGUCUUGAACACUCUUUUUUUAUUGACAAUGUGAGAUUUUACAAAGGUACCUGCGCUUUGGAAAAAUUUGUUUUAGUCAUUUUAAACAAUAUAAUGAACAUUUAACAGCAACUUUCAAGGAGUUGUAAAUAUUGUGGGAUGCAUUGGUUAAAAUAUUAUCAUUAAAAGCUGUACUUUGUAAAAAAAAAUUUUCAUUGUGUUUGUUUGUUUGUUUAUAAAUGCAUUAAAAUGUAGAAAUAGAAAUGUAGAAAUGUGGGAAUUGUCAAUUGACGGUUUGAAAGAAAAACGCCAGAUAUCUUGUAAGAUCGGGUUACUUUAUUUGUCAGGAUACUUGCUGUUAUUACUUACUGUUCAGGUUAUACAACAGGGCAAAACAUUUGUUAUCACUUUCCAGUACUUGGCUUUUUUUUUUUUUUUUUUUUUUUACAGUUGUCCUUUAUAAGGCCCGCUUGUGU